UUCAUACCAAAGUCAUACUUUACAUUCCACCUUUACUGUCAAACCCGGAGAAAUAUUUAUUGAAAACAAAAAGGCGCCUGAUAAAUAAACAGUUUAAAUGAGUAAACUUUUAACUUGCGCUCGAAAAGGCUGAACUGGGAAUCAAGCAAAAGCUUCUUGAAACGCCGCUUCAGACUUCCCAAAACUUUUUUAGGGGAGAGGAGAUCUUUAUUUUUGCCCCGGGAUCAAUUGAAGGCGAAAACGAAAAUAAGAAAACGUGGAUUGCUGAAGUAAACCCGAUUCCUUUAACCACCAUCUCAAUAAUCUUAUAGGACAGUUUGGAUUAAACCGGUUUCCCCCCCAGAUAUCUUUUUCAUAUUGAGGUUUCUCCACAUUUGGAAUUAAAAGCCGUCCUCAUUCUGGGGCUCGUCGCUGGGCCCAGGGGGAGCCGCCAUCAUUGCGUCCAACGAGUGGAGCGCGAACGGCAGCCCGGAGGAGGGGCGGGACGAUGGGCCUGACGGGCUGGACAAGACCAUGGACGGCGACGCGGAGGGCGUGUGGAGCCCCGACAUCGAGCAGAGCUUCCAGGAGGCGCUGGCCAUCUACCCGCCCUGCGGCCGCCGCAAGAUCAUCCUGUCCGACGAGGGCAAGAUGUACGGUCGCAAUGAGCUAAUCGCGAGAUAUAUCAAGUUACGGACCGGGAAGACUCGCACAAGAAAACAGGUGUCUAGUCACAUACAGGUGUUAGCGCGGAAGAAAGUUCGGGAGUAUCAAGCAGGCAUCAAGGUUUCUAGCCAUUUGCAGGUUCUCGCCCGGAGAAAGUCUCGCGAGAUACAGUCAAAGCUGAAGGCCAUGAACCUGGAUCAAGCCUCCAAAGACAAGGCCCUUCAGAACAUGGCCGCCCUGUCGUCGGCUCAAAUCGUAUCGGCCAGCGUGAUGAAGAGCCAGCUACCCCCUCUCCCCCAGCCUCCCUACCCACCACCAGCCAGGUUUUGGCCAGGCCCAAUACCAGGACAGCCUGGACCCUCUCAGGACAUUAAACCAUUUGCACAGUCCCCAUACCCCAGCUUAACAGGCCCAGUUCCUCCUCCCUUAUCAACGUACGAGCCCCUGCCCACCCCGCUUCCCCCGGCUGCCACCGCGGUGCCCGUGUGGCAGGACCGCACCAUCGCCUCCUCCAAGCUGCGCAUGUUAGAGUACUCGGCCUUCAUGGAGGUGCAGAGGGACCAGGACACGUACAGCAAGCACCUGUUUGUUCACAUCGGGCAGACCAACCCCUCGUACAGCGACCCUCUCCUGGAGGCGGUGGACAUCCGGCAGAUCUACGACAAGUUCCCCGAGAAAAAGGGUGGUCUGAAGGAGCUGUAUGAGAAAGGCCCUCAGAACGCCUUCUUCCUGGUCAAGUUCUGGGCGGACCUGAACAGCAGCGGCAUGCAGGACGGGCCCGGCUCUUUCUACGGCGUGAGCAGCCAGUACAGCAGCGCCGAGAACAUGACCAUCACCGUCUCCACCAAGGUCUGCUCCUUCGGCAAGCAGGUGGUGGAGAAGGUCGAGACGGAGUACGCCCGUGUGGAAGGCGGCCGGUGCGUGUACCGGAUCCACCGCUCCCCCAUGUGCGAGUACAUGAUCAACUUCAUCCAUAAGCUCAAACACCUGCCCGAAAAGUAUAUGAUGAACAGCGUUCUAGAGAACUUCACCAUCCUGCAGGUUGUGACAAACAGGGACACCCAGGAGACCUUGCUGUGCAUAGCGUUUGUUUUUGAGGUGUCGACGAGUGAACACGGGGCUCAGUACCACGUCUACCGGCUCGUCAAGGACUGAGGGUCUUCUAUGGCGGAGCGCUAGGAAUGCCCCAUUUAAACAUCUGUCAAACCAAAAACAAAAGCAUACAUAUAACGUACACACACACAUACAGACACAAGGGCAACUGCUCAACUGAACAGACAGAAAUAAGUAUAUUUUAUAGCACAGUGGGUAUUUUCUACUAUCAUUACUAAUUUUGUAAAAUAGGAACUGUAUGAAGUUUAAACAAACAAAAAAAAUGAAACAAAAACUAAAAACUAUGCACUACUUUGUGUAAGGGCAAUUUUUUAUAUAUAUAUUUAAAUAUGUUUAAAAAACAAAGCAGGUUACAUCAGUCAUGCUCCUUAAAAAUAUAUGUUUUCAGGGAUGAUGUUAAUCUUUUUUUUUCUGUAUCGGGGGAAUGAGGAAGUUUCAUAUAAGUGUGUUGGCGUUUUCCGAGGAUUUCCUGGAGGAAGUCUCUCUCCGGGCCUCGUCACAUGGGAAGGUUUCAGGAAAAGAUGGUACAACGGCAGUGGCCAGGGGUGAAGACAGACUGUGGAACAGUGAAUAUCGGAUACAUUGUUAGUAUUCAGCACACGAGUGCAGAAGGACAGAAAACCUAAACAAACUACCAAGAGGCAUCGAUACGUUAAAAACAUCGUGCCGAGUACCCUUUUCUAAAGACAAGUUACAGAUCUACGUACGUGGAGUGCCUUUUUGUUUUGUUUUUUUUGUUUUUUUUUAGAGCUGAUCACUACCUCUUGUCUUGGAUAAAGAGAAACCGAGAGAAGAGCAAACAUGGCUUGAAACGUGAGGACUCAUUUUGACGCUACGGAGAUUCGGAAGCACACUUUCUUUUGGCACAUGUUGACAUUGGGGGACAAAAUGAGAAAAGACUAAAGAACUUUGUUAAUUCGUCGCUUUUCCGUACGAUGCAAAGCCGAAGGUUUCCUUUGGCUAUCGGCCUUUCUCUUUACCGGGGUAGUCGGCUAUUUAACUGUACCAAAAUGUUGUUUGAUUUUGGCUUUUAUUUUUUUGUAUCUACGCUUGAUUUUCUUAACUAACUCAAAGCAAACGCGAGUCGGGGCUGAGAAUUUCUACCUCCUGGUGCUUUGUGAUUAUUGCAAGUUUUUUUUUAAGUUUUUUUUUUUUAAUUAUACAAGCCUUAAAAGAAGAGGUGUUGUUCGGAAAGCCAGGACUCGGUACCAGGCCCGGCCUAGUCAUCAACAGGAAUACUCCCAGCACUUAUCAGUUCCUUUACGCCCCUGUCGCAAAUGCGAUCGCUUUGUACUGACACCGUCGCUUCCUUGAGGCAAGCAUCGGGCUUUAGGAGAAAGAACUGUGAAGUUGUAUCCAGGGUAAAGAAAAAAAAAAAAAAAAAGUUUAUUUUUUAUUUUUAUUUUGUAAUCCACCUUUACGCAAAAUCCAAUGGUUGACUCAAUAGUUUGUGUGGUUGCAAUGGGAGGAUCUGUUACAUUAAAAUAGUCCGGGGACAUUUUGCCAUCAUGCCCUUCAGUCUAAAGCAGUACGACUACAGCUUUUUUUUUUUUUUUUUGUUCAAUUGGACAGAUUUAAAGCAGAAGUCAGUUGUUUUUUUUUAUUGAUUUGUUGUUUUGAAUUGUUUGGGUGCAGAAUAUUCUUGCUGUUGUCCAGAUAAGUUGGUACGUCGGUUACUCUCUCAAAUGAGCUUUAGUAAGUUCUAUCAAAAGACUGCCACAGAGACACUGCCUCGCAAGAAACUCAGUUCAUCUGUUCCAUCAUGGGGCGUGGUGCGUGAGAGGACAUUUUGUUUUUAAAGGUACACAAUUAUUUGCCCUCCUGCCAUAAGGUCAACACUAAAAUAAUUCCAGUAUUCAGCUCUCUGCCUGACACCCUCUCCCCUGUUCUUGAUGAGGUCACUCUGCUGUCAGAGGGCUCAUUUCACAGAUCAAGGAUGGGCUUCUUCAUUACUGUCUGGUGGGGCACAUCAUAAAACAAGAUUUCGACUAGUGGAUUGGCAAGCUUACCGAAACAGGAAACAGCUUUUAUGUAAAAUCUCUGGUUCGUUGGAAAGGCUUGUGUCUGCAGCAGGCAGUCGAGUCAGAUUUGAUGAGCAGGCCUUUCCUGGCUUCCUCUUUUAUUCCAUGUUGCCACACAGCUACAGGUGUGACCGUUUGCUGCACGUGAACCGAUUGCCACAGAGUCUGUAAGGCAGGGAUUCUCUUUCUUACCCAAAAGGGCCGGCGUGGCUGCAGGCUUUUUGUUCCAACCAAGGUCCUUAGCAAAUACUCUAAUGGUUGAUUAGUAGAAUCAGGUGUGUAACUGCUUGGUUGGAACAAAAGCCUGCACCCACACUGGCCCUUUCUGGGUAAGAUUGAGUAUCCCUGCUGUAAGGCGUGGGCAGUGUUCGAAAGCGCAUACUUAUACCACUCGUACUACUUUUCAAUGAAAAUCAGCCUGAAAUGUAGUACGAGUAGUAUGCUAGUAUACGGUUUGGAAUGCAGGUCUUCUCUGCGCUGUGCUGUUACAUGCUGCGAGUGUGGAUAUUAUUAUUUUUUUCUAGGUUGUGUCUCGACAUUCGGGGGAGGUGACGGUUACGCAUGUACCCUUCAGACCGGGCUCGUCGUGUAGGAAGAGAAACCUACUCUUCCCUGAAUGUUUUAAAGUGAAUAGCGGCGUUUUGAGUCUGGUACGACUGUCACUUAGUCACAAGGGGCCUGGAUAUACACUGAAUCGUGUCUGUGAAAAGUAUCGCAUCUGAUCUUGAAUGACCUUGCGGCUCAUCAAAGCAGUGCCUUUCUCCUGUCUCUUAUGUUUGACCUUUUAAAAAAAAAAAAAAAGAAAAAGAAAAAAAAAAAAGACUCAUCCUUUUUUGACUUUCAAUAGGAGCAAGUGCAUCUAUUGAGCAUUGUGUGUGUGUGUGUGUGUGUGCGUGUGCGCGUGCGUGUGUUGAUAUUGAUUAAUUAGGUAUGUGAAAUGUAUUUUAAGCUGAGAGGCAGGGUGAGUUGGUUUGUUGUCGCCCCCCCCCCACCCGCAUUUUUUAAUUUUUUAUUAUUUUCUUUUUGGUGGUACAUUCUGGCCUUGGUUCCAAAUUGUGCAUUGCAUUAUUGUAUAUUCUGUUGUCUACAAUGUGAGGGGUUGUAUCAUAUAAUCAGUGUAUCGUGUAUAAUCUACCAAUAAAAAACGCAUGGUGCCUCAGGAGCCAAUUUUCUUCUGAAAACUC